UUAACUGUCGGCUGGGUUUUAUUCAGUCGUACUGUAUGGGCUCACUUCAGGCGUUGUGAGCCAUUAUUAUGUCCCGUUAUCAUUGUUUGAUUACGCGAUAUUUAGUACAUUAACAGGCAGAAAAAAGAAGUAAAUGAAUCAGCGUACAUGAUACGACUUUUCAGAACAAUGGUUCUCAAACUGUAUGCUGUUUCUGAUGGCCCACCAUCACUGGCUGUGCGUCAGGCGCUGGCGCAACUUCAAAUCCCAUUCGAACUGAUCAGCGUUGAUUAUGGAGCUGGCGAGCAUAUGACUCCGCAGUACGCUCUGAUGAACCCUCAAAAAGAGAUCCCGGUACUGGAUGACGACGGUUUUUUUCUCAGUGAGAGCAAUGCAAUCUUGCAGUACAUCUGCGAUAAGUACAAGCCUGGUACCCCUCUGUAUCCACAAGAACCAAAAGCGAGAGCUAUUGUUAACCAUCGCCUGUGCUUCAACUUAUCAACUUAUUAUGCUAACAUCUCUGCGUACACGAUGGCACCCAUAUUCUACGAUUACGAACGUACUCCCCUAGGGUUAAAGAAGGUGCACAUGGCGUUGGAUGUAUUCGAGACAUACUUGGAGAGGCUGGGCUAUAGCUAUGCUGCUGCAGAACAUCUCACUAUCGCCGACUUCCAAUUGAUCAACACUAACAUGACUCUCGAGGCUAUCAAUUUUGAUUUUAGUCAAUAUAAAAGAAUGAACAAAUGGUACAACGAUUUCAAAAAGAAUUAUCCCGAUUUAUGGAAGAUAUCUGCUGAUGCUAUGAAAGAAAUCCAGCAUUUCGCUGCAAAUCCGCCAGACCUGUCGCAUCUUAACCAUCCUAUACAUCCAGCGAGAAAGGCAAAUAAAUAAAUGUAGGUAAUUUAAGACAACAGCAUUGUAAUAUUAUAUUAACCUAUAUUAACAUUAAAAUCUGCAUUAUAAAGACGUCCUUGUUGUCUGGAAGUUACUGUUAAUCGCAAAAAAUGUACAAUAACUAUAGCCGCAUUAUAUGUAUAAUCGUAUGAAUUUUAUUUAUUUAACCAGAUCCUGAUACACAUCUCUUCAAGUAGCCGAGGCAGGCGUUGGUGCAGCAAUCACUGUGACUCAUACACUGCAAUAAUAAAAAUAAUAAUAUAUUAUACUUACGGAAUUUGUCCUCUUUUUUGUGUUAGAUUAUAAUCUACAAAUAAUUAUUUGUAGUAUU